GACAAACCUAACCAAAGAAUAUACCAACUACCACCUAACCUAGACGCUUUCACCACAGUUUCCGAUAUUCUGUGUAGAUUUAUUAUUGUAUACUGUACCACAGCGUAUACCUAUGCUGUGACUACUGUGCUGCUUUUACAUUAAACAUCUUAGUGAAUAUAUGAUUCUUGGAUGAAAAGCUAUAGAUUGGAGUGUAGAAAAGAAGUGGUUCCAAACUUGGGCAGUUUACCUUUUGUUUACAAAAUGAACAGAACUAUUUUGAAAGUUCAUGCAACUCCAAAACUAUUGCCAACGGAAAAUGUACAUAAUACAUCUGAUUCAACUAGUUCUACUUUGGCUCCAAGACCAAUAUUCAGGGAACUGACUUCUAUAAUCCCUCUUCAAGUUGGUGAUAAAAAUGUUUCGUCUAUUGAUUUAGAGUCAUAUCCAAUAUAUAUCAAGAGAUAUGCUAGGAAUGAAGACGACUUUGGAGGUACCAAAGAAAAUACAGAAAAACUUGAGGAAUUUUUAUUAGAAGAUAACACGAAGCAAGUACUCACGGAAAAAAGCGAAACGAAUCAAUAUAUUAAACUUGAUUCAAAAGUGGCGUGCCGAACUUGUACCACCACCUGUGGUAGUUUUUAUUCCAUAAACAGUAACAUACCCAAUUUCAAAACAACUAUUAAAGACAUGGUGAUCCUUUUAAUUCCUCAAAUGAAAACUUUAUUGGAUGAUGAUGAUAUUGUAUGUGCAAAUUGUAGGACAGUUUUAUUGCAGUGUGUAAAAUUCAUUUAUAAAUGUUUAUGUGUUGAAUCUGAGCGCAUAAAUAAUCUGUCAGGCACUAGACAUACUGAAGAUAAUCCUCACCUUGAAAAUUGCAAAGUUUCAGAUGUUAAUUCCUUAUCAAUUGCUACAGACCCUGAUACUGAUUAUCCAUUCGAUAAUGAGCAUGACAGUUAUAGUGGAGAUUUUGAAACUGAAUUAGAUAUGGAUCAAGAUAUGAACAAAAAUAGUCACCAUGAUAUUUCUCAAAGUGACCAUGAUAUUUCUCAAAGUGACCAUGAUGUUUUUCAGAAAUCAUUACCAGAUGAAAUUCUUGAUCAUAAUAGACUCAUUUCUACUAACCAUCUUUCUUCUAAAGGGCUAAAUGUAUUUAGUAGCAUUCUUGCAUCAAAUAAUGUACAAAUUUUCCAGUACUCCCAAGACCUGAAGAAAACCACAAAAGGAAAAAGAAUAAUUUUAAUUGGCUCAACAUUCAAAUGUAAUAAGUGCUCUAGAUAUUUCGUUACACCAGGGAUAUAUUGUCGUCAUUUGAAAUCGCACAAAAGACGUGCAAAGCAAAAACUAGAACGGGAAAAAUCUAAAAAACUGAAUUUAAAAAAAAAGAAAAUCGUUUUUAAACAUGAACCUCAAUUUAAAUGUGGAGUAUGUAACCUUAGAUUUUAUUCAAGAAACAUCCUGAGAGAUCAUAUGAAACUACAUCCACCACUUAUCUGUGAGAAAUGUGGUAAAGGAUUUCCUACAAGGGAACAGAUGAGGAGCCAUGAAUUGGUACACAAUGAUCCAAAUAGUUUCAUUUGUGAAGUGUGUGGAAAAUCUUUCAAAACUAGUACACAGUUUGCAAAACACAAAAUCAUACAUGAGAAUAGAAUCUAUUUGUGCAACAGAUGUGCAAAAACAUUUAAUACUGGAUUAAAAUUGAGAAGACAUUUGAAAUACACUCAUGGUGAAGGCCUUAUCAAUACUAAUUUAUGGCCCUGUAAGGAAUGUGAAAAAGUAUUCACUGUUCGGAAUAGAUUAGUAGCUCAUAAUAGGCUAAUGCAUCUCAAAGAUGAUCACCUCAAAUGUUCAGAGUGUGGACAAGGAUUUUGCAGAUCUGACUACCUUAAACGGCAUAUGCGUAGUCACGUCAGAAAUGAAGAAAGAGAUCAAAAAUCAGAAAAAUGUGUACGAGUUUCAGGUGGUUUCCAGUGUCAAAUCUGCAAAAAAGUGUUGAAAUCAAUGCAGAACCUGAAGUUGCAUAUCAAAAGUCACGGAAUAUUAACUAGAUUCAGUUGUAAAUAUUGCAAUAUGACUUUUAAAAUCAAAUAUCAAAGGACGAGACAUGAAAAACAACAUGAAAACUUAAACUUCAUAUAUAGGUGUGAAAUUUGUUGGAAGCGAAUGGAUUCUCAGGAAGAGCUAGAUCAACAUGUCUUGACACACAAAAAUUCCAAAUAUAAAUGUGAAUCAUGUGAACAGUCUUUUGCAAGAAAACAUAUGUUGGAAGAUCAUUUUGUGAAAAAUCAUUCAAAAACUGGUGAUGCUGAAGAAGAAAUGAAAAUUCUGUUGAGUGCAGCCAUUUGAAAAGUAAAUGAAAUGUAAUUAUUAAUUCAUUAGUUGACUGUUUAUUUUCAUUAGUAUUCGGGAAAGUGAAAUAAUAGGGCAAAUACUCGAUUCAAAUAUUUAUUUCAGAAGGCACUGUAAGAAGAAAAAAAAUGUUCAUGGUACAUA